AUGAGAAGAGAUUCAAAUAAUUCCUAGAAUUAAUAAAUAACAGAUAACAUUCAACAAAAUGGAGCUAUGUAGUAAGCAUUAAAUUUAUGAAAGAUUUAGAUAAGAAUAAGCCUUUGAAUUAUUGAGUUAUACUUUGCUUUCAAAUUCUAUCUAUGUAAUUACAGUAUUGAUUUUAUGCUUUGAACUUGCUUAUGAAGGAAAUAUGUUAAGUGUGAUAUUUUGCUUAGAUUCAAAAUUAUUCUUCUAAAUUCUCCAUCAAGCUUACUUUUAUAGGACAUUUGCUAAAAUUAAUGUGUAAGAUCAUAUUAUAUAUUAUUAUAUUAAAGAUAGUACAAUCACGCCUUAAUUAGAUUAUUCUAACUUUUUAUUGAAGUAUGUUAUGUACUAUCACUAAAUAUAUAUAUUAUCAAUAGAAAAAGUGAGUUAUUGCUAUUUUCAAAUAUUUUCCCUCUUAUUAAUAUCUGUCUUUCAUUGAUAGUUAAGUUUAAUGAGGGAAAAUAGUAAUUUAAAGAAUCAGUACAAUAAAUUAAUUUGUUUAAUGUAUUAAGAAAUAUUUGUAUUUUGCUAAUAUCUAUAUUUUUCAGUUUAAAAAUAGAUGGAUAUUUAGAUAUUGACUGGUUAUACACUUUAUGGAUGCUUUGGCUAUUAUUUAGUCUGUCAGCAUCAAUUAUUAUAUAUUACAUUUUUGUUGUAUUGGCCUUAGGUAUUCAAGUUAUUUUAGAAUAGAACAAUUAUCAAAGAAACUUGGGUUUAUUAUUAUAUAUUAUAAUUAGUAAUAACAAAUGUAUGGAUAUUAUUAUUUAUGAUAUCUUGUUCAUCAAUGUUCUUUCUCAUACCAAUAUCUGUGUUAAAUUUUAAUAAUUAAAGAAAUUAUGAAGAAGCUAUUGAAGUAAGUAGAAUAAUUUUUAUUACUAACUAAAUACUGUUCUCUUAUUUUAAUGCCAAAUUUAAGCCAGAAUUAAUUUUAGCUUUAAAAAUGUUCUUAUCUCUUAAUGAUUCUGUUAAUCCACUCCAAACUAUUAUUACUCAAUAAGCAGAAGCCUAAAUACAGCAAUUUAAUAAAUAAGAUUAUACAGAGAGUCAAAAUUCAGAAGCAUAAAUGCAAAUUCCAAAAGUAGUAAAAAGAAUUUCUAAAACUUAUUUUGGAUUUGAUGAUCUGAAUUCUGAAAAUAAAAUUGAUUCUAAAAUCUAAGAAUAAAAUAAAAAGCCAACUCAUCAUAAAGCUUUAUCAUCUCAUAUCUAAAAGCCAAUUGAAUAAAAUGAUGAUAGGUUAAAACUUGCAUCAACAAUGGUUCUAAAAUUUAAUGAAUAAGAAAAUUUAGAUGAAUUGAAAGGAACUUCCAUUUAAUAAUAUAAAUAAAAUGUAUUAAAAAAUUUUUUAAUUUAUAGAAAAAUUAACCAAGAUCUAUAUCAUUAUCAUCUAUUAAUUAAUGUUGUGUUUGUUAUGAUAAUAAUCCAGAUGCUUUAUUUAUGUAAUGUGGUCAUGGCGGUGUAUGUUAUCAUUGUGCUUUAGAUAUGUGGAAAAAUAAAGAUGAAUGUUAUUUAUGUAGAAAGGUAUUAUCAUAAUUAUAAUAAUAGAAAAUAGAUAGAAUUUUAUAGAUUAAAAUAUUUGAAAAUGGAAAUAAUUUAUAUUAAGUUAUUGGAGCUACAGAAAUGAAUUAAAAUUAGAAAAAAAUGACAUAAAAUUAAUUAAUAACAUGA